GUUUAAGAAAGGGGUUGUUGGUAUUUGGGUGAAGAACUACGAAGGAAUUGAAAGGGCCCAUUGAGGUUGGUGAAGUUUGAGAAUUGUGCCACACAACUCCAUCACUCACUCCCCAAUUCCAGCUAUAAAUCUCCUCCAUUUCUCACCUUCAGAUCUGAAUCUCAUUCUCUUAUUUCUCUAAUUUCUCUAAUUUCUCCGGGUUCUCUUCCACUUUCCUUUCAUCAAUGGCCUACGAUGGUAUACUUUUGGGGAUGGGCAAUCCUCUUCUUGACAUUUCUGCCGUGGUGGAUGAUGAUUUCUUGAAUAAAUACGACAUCAAGCCCAACAAUGCUAUCCUCGCGGAGGAGAAACAUCUUCCAAUGUAUGAAGAGUUGGCAAAAAAUCCUAAUGUUGAAUACAUUGCAGGAGGUGCUACACAAAACUCAAUCAAAGUGGCACAGUGGAUGCUUCAACAUCCUGGUGCAACGAGCUAUAUGGGUUGCAUUGGAAAAGACAAGUUUGGUGAGGAGAUGAAGAAAAACUCAAAAAGUGCUGGUGUCAAUGUUCAAUAUUAUGAGGUUGACUCUACACCAACAGGAACCUGUGCUGUUUGUGUGGUGGGUGGUGAAAGGUCACUAGUUGCCAAUUUGUCAGCUGCAAAUUGCUACAAGUCAGAACAUUUGAAAAAACCUGAAAAUUGGGCAUUAGUUGAGAAGGCCAAGUAUUUCUACAUUGCUGGAUUUUUUCUCACUGUAUCACCAGACUCCGUAUUGCUUGUAGCUGAGCACGCAGCUGCAAACAAAAAGUAUUUCUCGAUGAACCUGUCUGCUCCAUUUAUCUGUGAGUUUUUCAAGGAUGCACUCGAGAAAGUUUUGCCAUACAUGGACUUCAUUUUUGGUAACGAAACUGAAGCAAGGACGUUCUCUAAAGUUCAAGGCUGGGAGACUAAGAAUGUUGAGGAGAUAGCACUAAAGAUUGCUGCGUGGCCUAAAGCAUCAGGAACACACAAAAGGAUUGCUGUUAUUACUCAAGGUCCAGAUCCAGUUGUAGUUGCUGAGGAUGGAAAAGUGAAGAAGUUUCCAGUUAUUUUGCUGCCUAAAGAGAAACUUGUUGACACAAAUGGAGCAGGAGAUGCGUUUGUCGGAGGCUUUUUAUCUCAGUUGGUUCAAGAAAAACCGAUCGAAGACUGCGUUAGAGCUGGCUCUUAUGCAUCAAAUGUCAUAAUCCAAAGGUCUGGGUGCACAUUCCCUGAGAAGCCCGACUUUAAUUGAGCAUUUUUCUCUUGCGAGACCUUUCGCCCUCCUCUAGCUUUCUACCCAUUGCUCUUAUUUUAUGUUCUCUUCUCGCCUCUGUUUCGUGUACCACAGCUCAUGCAGAUGUUGCCUAUUUUUGCACAUCCAUGGCCGUUUACCAUAUCCCUGUUAUUUCCUCUUGUCAUAAAGAAUGAGAUAUUUUUUAUAUAAUAGAGUACUUUACGAUUA